AAUUUUAGACAUACCUAGGUACGCAAUACCACAGUACGCGGGGAACCCGUGCGUGUGUUGGUAAGAGCAUCCACCAUAGUAUGCUGUAGGUGGGUUGUGCCGGAGGGAUUCCAGCAUGUCUUGCUGGCGAGUCUUGCACGUCUCUGAUUCCGAUCAGGACUCGUCCGUGCCACAGCUGCUCAUCAAGCCGAAUUUCCGCUCUGAUGCAUAUACGGUAUUUCUGACCGACUUGAGCAACAUCUGGAGUGAAGAGCUUGGCUUGGAUGAUAUUUUGAGACGAGCGUCGGAGCAUGAGUCGCCAAUCGAAGUCAGUCGUCAGGACAGGUCUCAACUAACUAUCCUUCUCGAACAUGUAAAGCAGUCCUUGGUGAGCAGCGAUGGCUCCACAUGUCGACUUACCAAGGGCGAUACGGAUGCAAUCGUACUGCAUACCGCCAGCAAACUCCCUGAUCCCCUUGGCUCCCUGACAUGGACAUUCAAUCUCCGAAAGCGCAACUCUGCUAUCCUCAAGGACGAACUCAUUCUACCGCUGCUGGUGUCGUCACACAUUCAACAUGAGCGCAUCCACGAACUGUUAUCUACCGUACGCGAGAAGGACAGGGCGAUUACGCGCUUCCUCGACCAACUCGAGUCCAGCAACAUCGACUUGGCACUGGCCUUCCCAAGCCUUGCACCGAUGAAGGCAGGGAGGCGCGCUGUCAAGCGCGAGCUGGCAGCACGGCAGAUACCAGCUUUGCACCCCUUGGACGAUGAGAAAUGGAUGCAAGAGACGGGAAGAUUGAAGGACGACCACGUGUGCACCCUGGCUCUUUUCCAGGAAGCGCUUUCAGAGUGCAACCCGAAAGUCCCGGCAGAGAUGAUUUCGGAGGAUGUGGACGGUAUAUGGUGGAAGUCGCUUGAUACGCGAUUGAGGCACAGGGACGCACCAGCAAAGAAAACGCAGAAGAAGUUGAGCUCGCCUCCUCCACCAACAGCUGACGAGGACGACACAGAGACGGAGGACGAGUUUGAGACCCAUGAGAACUUCAAGGUAGUGCUCGGCAUCGACAACCGCAUCCCAUUGCUAAUUCUAUCCGUAGCUUCGUCACACACAAACAGCGCACUCCAAUCCCCCGACACCAACCCCCGCAGUCGGGAGAGACGAAUCGAAACCGAUCCCUGACGCAGAUGACGAUGCUGAAGACGACGAGACGGAAGAUGACGAUCUCGAUGCGCCACUCAAAGGCCAGAGCCAGAGCCAAAGUCAGACGCGAGGUCGCCAA